GCGUGUGGUUCUCUGACUUGUCAGGUUCCCCAUACAUAUAAAAAUCCAGAGCUCUCAGACAAAGAAACGUUUCGAUUCUCAGCAAGCAACCCAGAAACUCUCUCUCUCUCUCUCUCUCUCUUUCUCUCUCUAAUGGCGAAGAAGAGAGAAGAAAGAGAGACGAAUGUGUACCUAAAUGGGGUUAUAGACGCCAUGCCUGUUUUUGCCAAGGAGCUUAUUGCCGGAGGCGUCGCCGGCGGUGUUGCAAAGACGGUGGUGGCUCCUCUGGAGCGUAUUAAGAUUUUGUUUCAGACCAGAAGGUCAGAAUAUCAGAGCUUAGGGCUGUUUGGAUCUGUGAAGAAGAUUGCAAAGACAGAAGGGCCAAUGGGUUUCUACAGAGGCAAUGGAGCUAGUGUUGCAAGAAUUGUUCCCUAUGCAGCCCUGCAUUAUAUGAGCUAUGAGCAAUACCGCAGAUGGAUUAUCCUCGCCUUUCCUGACGGGGGGCGGGGACCUGUUCUUGAUCUUGUUGCAGGAUCAUUAUCUGGAGGAACAGCUGUACUCUUUACCUAUCCUCUUGAUUUAGUUCGUACUAAGUUGGCUUAUCAGGUUGUUGGUUCACCAAAGUUAAAAUUGCAAGGGAUCAUGAAUAAUGAACAACUUUAUAAAGGAAUUGUUGAUUGUUUCUCUAAGACUUACAAAGAGGCUGGACUUAGAGGCCUCUAUCGCGGUGUUGCUCCAUCCCUUUAUGGAAUCUUCCCAUAUGCCGGUUUGAAGUUCUACUUCUAUGAGAAGAUGAAGCGUUAUGUACCUCCGGAGCAGAAAAGCAGUAUUAUGGUGAAGCUUGUAUGUGGUUCUGUUGCUGGUUUAUUAGGUCAGACUUUUACAUACCCCCUUGAUGUUGUGAGGAGGCAAAUGCAGGUUCAACGACUCUUCGCAUCAAACAGUCCUGAGAUGAAAGGUACAAUGGAAAGCCUUGUUUUGAUUGCUAAACAGCAAGGAUGGAAGCAAUUAUUUUCAGGACUUAGCAUCAAUUACUUGAAGGUUGUGCCAUCUGUGGCAAUUGGAUUCACUGUUUACGAUGUUAUGAAGGCCUACCUUCAAGUUCCAUCACGAGACGAAGGUGUGAAAGAAGUGGUAACCAGCAAAACAACUUCCCAGCCAUCCUCGAUUCACUCCUAGUGACAUUUUUCGUCCAAUUUUUCACUAUAGGCAACACACGUACACAAAUUAUUGGGAGCGUUGCUUCCCUUCUCAGUUGUCAAUUAGGUUGACUAGCUCAUUGUGUAGCAUUCAGGUGAUUUUCAACCGUACAUAUCAUUCUUUUAAGCUGAAAAUUAGCAUAUCUAUAGGUUAUAUCCCUUACCAUGGGGAUCUUGUAAGCUGUAGUUUCACUAAUUAAGGUAGCAGAAAUAAUUGAUUAGACUACCUUGUAUUAGAGGACUCCAAACAGAGAAACAUACAUUGUUAGACGAGAAGUAAAUAAGGAGAAACCAGAAAUUCAGUUCCGUAAUGACACUAUUUGUCUAAUAAGCUUGGGCAUAUCAAACAAGUGUGUUGGAAUUGUCAGUAGAAAUUGAAUCAUCCAGAAGCUUUGCUUAA